UUUCACAACAAUUUAGCACAAGACAGAACCACUCCUAUAUCCAUUUAGUUUCACGUGACAGAUCCCAAGACAUUCGGUUCCAUCCGCGGAUCCAGUGUCAUAUUAGAUUGUGGACUAUUAUUUAGACUUUCAGACCAUUCCACACAAAACGUUUUAAAAUGAAGACUAUGCUAACGUCAGUUUUCACUGGCACUGCCCUAUCUGUGAUCACAAUUUUAAGUUUGUAUCAUGUUUUAACUGGAAAAGGGGAGAGAGUCAGCUUUGGAUGGUUCCUAGAAGAUACAAGCCCUCAUAUGUGGGCUACGAUAGGCAUUGGUCUCUCUGUUGCUCUAUCCGUAGUUGGGGCAGCCCUUGGUAUUCACACCACAGGUGUAAGUAUCAUUGGUGGUGGUGUGAAAGCUCCUCGCAUCAAGACCAAAAAUUUAAUCUCAGUUAUUUUCUGUGAAGCUGUUGCUAUUUAUGGAUUGAUUACUGCUAUUGUGCUCUCUGGAUACCUUGAGGAUUUCACAAUGAAAGUUGUGAAUGAUUCCGAUUUGAUCCGCGGCAAGAAUUGGAUGGCAGGGUAUCUAAUGUUUGGCGCUGGCAUAGCUGUUGGAUUUGUAAAUCUCUUCUGCGGAAUUGCCGUUGGCAUUGUUGGAUCUGGUGCUGCUUUGGCUGAUGCCGCCAAUUCGGCUCUUUUCGUGAAAAUUUUAAUCGUUGAAAUUUUCGGUAGUGCAAUUGGUCUAUUUGGAUUAAUUGUUGGAAUUUAUAUGGUUUCAAAAGUAUCCAUGGGUGAUAAGCUACAUUAAAUCAUCCUGUAAGAUAACUCAUUUAUUUGUUUGUUGUAAAUAUACAUACCUAUCCUUCAAUAAGUUCAUUGAAAAAAGUAAAAAAUAUAUAACUGUUUAAUGGCUAUUGUUUAGAGCAGUCAUAGCUCAUCUCUGAAGUAUAGCUAUAGUCAAAGAUGUAGUAUAAAUGUAUAUUAUUAAUUUUAAUUUGUAUAGUUAGAAGGUGUUGGUGUGUGUACGUUUUUUUUUUGUU